AUGCCGUUGCAUAACAAGCUACCAGCCGAUCUCAAGGAAGUGGACGUGAUUAUUGCGGGAGGAGGUCUCGCUGGAUGUGUGGUUGCUUCUCGACUCGCCGAGGCUGACCGUAAUCUGACCAUCUUGGUCAUCGAACAAGGACCCAACAACUAUGGCAUGCCGGAAGUCGUCCAUCCGGCUCUGUAUCCCCGAAAUCUGUUCCCUAACAGCAAGAUCACGCUGUUCUGGCAGACCAAGAAGUCUCCUCAGCUAGCUGACCGCUCGCCAAUUGUGCCUUCGGGAGGAACACUGGGAGGUGGAUCGGCCAUGAACUGGAUGGCAGGCAAUGUGUACACUCGUGCCCAACGCUCAGACUUCGACUCCUGGAAAACUCCGGGCUGGGCAGCUGACGAUAUGAUUCCCUUCUUGAAGAAGAUGGAGACCUACCAUGGCAAAGGCGAUAAAGAUCGCCACGGCUUCGACGGCCCGGUCAACAUCAGCAAAGGCACUCACACCUGCAGCCGUGCCGAGAAUGCCUUCGUCGACGCAGCCGCUGCGCUCGGCUAUCCCGAGGCUACUGACCUGCAGAAUCUCGAUGCCAACAACGCCAUUGAGCGAUACUACCGCUACGUUGGUCCAAACGGCCGCCGCCAGGACGCCGCGCACCGGUACCUUCACCCCAAGCUUCGGAGCGGCGACUAUCCCAACCUUCACGUGCUGGUCGAAAAGCAAGUCAUCAAGGUGCUGUUUGACGACAACAAGCGUGCCAAUGGCGUCGAAUACCAAUCCAACCCGAAAUACUUGGCCAACCCGGAGUUCCUGGCGACCAAGUACACAGCCCGCCGUACCGUGGGUGCGCGCAAGCUUGUCGUGGUAUCCGCUGGUGCCAACGCCACGCCAGGAAUCUUGGAGCGAUCCGGUAUUGGCGACCCUAAGGUUCUGGAGCGUGCUGGCGUUCCUGUGGUGCAAGACUUACCUGGUGUCGGGAAUGAGUAUCAGGAUCACCAUCUGUCGCUGUGGGCAUACCGCACGAACCUCAGCCCAAAGGAAACCAUCAAUGGUUUCCAAGACGGGCGCUUCAACCUCGAUGACGCGAUCAAACAGGGCGAUGAGCUGCUCGGCACGAACGGCAUGGACGCGCAGGGCAAGUUCCGCCCCACGGAGGCGGAAAUUGAUGCCCUGGGACCCGAGUUCAGGAAGGCCUGGGACAACGACUUCAAGAACACGCCCGACCGCCCACUCAUGAUUCUGGCGUUGUACACCUGUUACUACGGCGACCACUCCACCCUCCCCGACGACGCCGAGUACGUCAGCAUGGCCAACUGGACCGCCUACCCGUACAGCCGCGGCUCAGUCCACAUCACGGGUCCCUCGCCCGCGGACCCUCCCGAGUUCGACACGGGCUGGCUGACGGAUGCCAACGACAUCGACCUCAAGAAGCACGUUUGGGCCUACAAGGUGACACGCGAGAUGUGGCGGCGCAUGCCCAUCUUCCGCGGCGAACUGCCCACCAACCACCCGCGCUUCCCCAAGGGAUCCAAAGCCGCCGUUGUGGAGAAGGCUGAUGGUCCUCUGAUGGACAUGGCCGACAAGGACAGCCGCAUCGAAUACACCGCCGAGGACGACCGCGCCAUCGAGCAGAAGGUCCGCGAGGUGCUGAGCACAACGUGGCAUUCGCUCGGCACGUGCAAGAUGGCGCCGCGGGACAAGGGCGGCGUCGUCGACGGCGGCCUGAAGGUGUAUGGCGUCGAGAACCUGAGGCUGGCUGAUUUGAGCGUUCCUCCCGAGAACGUGGGCGCCAAUACCGGCAACACCGCGUUCGUGGUGGGCGAGAAGGCGGCGGAUCUGUUCAUCAAGGAGCUGGGCCUAGGGAAGGGAGUUACAGCAAAUGGCGACGCCCAGGCACAGCCUAGGCUGUGA